GCUAUGGUGAAAUAAGCUGGAAUUAUCAAACACUAAAUCCAGUAAUCAGUGGAUGCGUUGGGAUUUCAACGUUAUUUUGUGCUGAACAUUCGAACGUGCUUUAUAAUUUUUAAAGCUGCGUGAUAUUAGUAACAGGAAACCGUACGACAGAAUAUAAUAGGAUUUAGAAUGAGGUCGUGGUUGCUGCUGAUGGCGUGGUGUGCGGCCGCCGUCGUCGGUCAACGGCCCACUCCGAACAAGCGACACGAUGUCUACAUAGCAGGGUUCUUUCCGUUUGGUGGCCGUGUGUCCGGCAGCAUACCCGAGGGCCGCGUUGGCCGUGGCGUCAUGCCGGCCGUCAAACUGGCCGUCGACCACAUCAACGAGAACCCAACACUGUUACGCAACUACCGGUUGCACGUUUGGUGGAAUGACACCCAGUGUAAUGCAGCGGUGGGUAUGAAAGCAUUUUUCGAUAUGAUGCACGAAGGACCACACAAAGUAAUGUUGUUCGGCGCUGCCUGUACCCAAGUGACAGAUCCAAUUGCAAAAGCCUCCAAACAUUGGAGAAUAACUCAGUUGUCGUAUGCUGAUACCCAUCCGAUGUUCAGCAACACAGAUUUUCCAAAUUUCUUUCGAGUUGUACCAAGUGAAAAUGCAUUUAACGCUCCUCGACUAGCACUGCUGAGACAUUUCAACUGGACACGAGUAGGCACCAUCUACCAAAACGAGCCAAGAUACGCGUUGGCACACAACCAACUGGUAGCUAUGUUGGAGAAGGACAACUUUGUUGUGGAUGACACUCAAAACAUAGCUGGCGAUGUAUCUCUGCCUAUCAAAAAACUCCAAGAAAAAGAUAUUCGUAUAAUUCUGGGUAAUUUCAAUGAAACGUGGGCGAGAAAAGUAUUUUGUGAAGCGUACAGGGUCGGUAUGGUUGGUGGUAAAUACCAAUGGCUUAUAAUGGGUACUUAUGGUCCAACUUGGUGGAAUGAAAUGAGAGCACCUUGCCCCGUGAAACAUUUGAGUGCAGCGCUAGACGGGUGCAUACUUACAGAUUAUCUGCCUUUAUCCACUACAGGAGAAAUCACCGUGUCUGGAAUAACUUCAAAAGAAUACCAGCAAGAGUACGACAUGAGGCGUGGAAGUGAAUACUCCCGGUUUCACGGGUACACUUACGACGGAGUAUGGACCGCCGCUUUAGCUAUACAGGAAGUAGCCCGUAAAGUGCACCAAUCAUCGCACGACAAAGGCAUCUUGAAUAGAACCAUAGCAGACUUUCAGUACAGGGACAAAGAGUGGGAGGAUCUCUUCCUAGAGGCUCUCACAAAAACUAGUUUCGAAGGAGUCACGGGUCCAGUGAGAUUUUACAACAACGAAAGAAAAGCCAGUAUAUUAUUGAAACAAUUUCAAGGGGACAAAGAAGUGAAGAUUGGAGAGUAUAACGGAGUGACGGGCACACUAGACUUGAGUGUUGGCGAAGAAGUGAAGUGGAGAGCCGGUGGCAAAGGACCACCUAAAGAUCGGACUCUUACUAUUUACGAAGACUCUCAUGUUAACGUUGGCGUUUACAUAGGACUUGCCGUUGCCGCGGUCGUUGGUAUCGUCAUUGCCACUGCGUUCCUCAUUGUCAACAUACGGUACAGAGAUCAAAAGUACAUCAAAAUGUCCAGCCCACACUUGAACAAUUUAAUAAUCAUCGGAGCUAUGUUGACGUACAGCAGUGUCAUAUUUCUGGGUCUGAACAGCCGGAUGACCAGUAUUAACAUGUUUCCAUACAUAUGUGCAGCGCGGGCGUGGUUGCUGAUGGCCGGGUUUUCAUUGGCAUUCGGUGCGAUGUUCUCGAAAACCUGGAGAGUGCACUCCAUUUUUACGGACAUCACCAUCAAUAAAAAGAUCGUAAAAGAUACACAGCUUUUCCUCAUGGUUGGCAUAUUGUUAUGCAUCGACUUAGGAAUAAUGUUCACGUGGCAGUUUUCAGAUCCAUUUUACAGGGAAACUAAACAAAUGGAAUCAUACCCACACCCUCACAGUGACGACAUUGUGAUCAUCCCAUGUAACGAGUACUGUCAGAGCGAUCACAUGACCGUAUUUCUCGCCAUCAUAUACGUCUACAAGGGAUCACUAAUGGUCUUUGGAGCUUUUCUAGCUUGGGAAACCCGACACGUGAGCAUACCCGCGUUAAACGACUCGAAGUACGUGGGUAUGAGCGUGUAUAACGUGGUAUUGAUGUGCGUCGCCGGCGCUGCAAUUUCUUUCGUCCUGAGCGACCAACAGGACGCAUCUUUCAUCAUCAUAUCAGUGUUUAUAUUGUUUUGUUCCACUGCCACGCUUUUCCUGGUGUUCAUACCGAAAAUUGUAGAGUUAAAAAGGAAUCCACAAGGAGUAGAUAAACGAAUACGAGCUACUUUAAGGCCAAUGUCUAAGACAUAUAAGGAUGUUUGUGACACAGAAGAACAAAUUCGAGCACAAAAAAAUAAAAAUCAACAAUACAGACAGCAAAUAUUGGACGUGGAUCGAGAAAUCGAUGCGAUGGUGUUAAAGAUUGAUACGUUCCGGGCUCUUAAGUUGUCAGAAAUCAAACUGAAAAAAAUAGCUGAAGAGAAACAGACUAAAGUUGAUGUUAUCCAAGAAGAAGAUUCAAAUGGUGUUAUUGAAGUACUUGUGCCAGAACAGUUUUCUCCAGAAAAAAAAACGUGUCAAAGGCAUACCAGGAUCCCAUCUAUUUCUAUCGAACCGGCCAAACCACCAGACGAACCUGCGAGCUUCACGCCGUCUCCUACACGAUCGUGCGGCACAGGCCAUCAGAGGCGGGCCAGUGGUAAUGUGACGACGCCACAACACCAGUCGGCCGCCGCUGCGUCCCACACGGCGGCGGCCAGUUGUGCGCACAGGCGGCCGUCGAUGCCGCAGACCAAGAGAACGUGCCAACAACCCACGUUCGUGCACCAGGACGAGCUGUGGCUGACGCAAACGCAACGACACGCGAACCGGUCACCGCCGCCCGUCACCAGAGGCUUGCUCAACAAUAAUGCGGAUUCGCCGACCGACGACGAGGAUGACAGUUCAUCAUCGCUGACGACAGGCAGUUCCAUGCACCGUUCGGUGUCCGAGAAGAGCGGAUCUUGCGGUGGAGGCGGUGGCGCGUCAUCAUCGUCGUCUCGAAACCGGGGCCCGGGGCUUAGGCGGCCGUCGGCGCCACAUAUGCACAGCACACCCAAUGUGUACCAUGGCCGGAGGCGCGAGUCUGGAGGCUCAACGGGAGGAGGGUCGCCGACAAACGCACCCGGUUUGCCGCCGACGCUUGGCGGCGCUGGCAUGUCCCGAGUGAACACGUUGUCCGAGGGCGAGCUGCUUGACGUGGCCAUUCUGCCGAUAUUCCAAAAGCUUUUGACCGAGAGGCGAGCGCACGAUUCGUUGUCGUCGACGUCGCAGCAGCACCACCGCCACCCACAUAACGCUCACCAACAGCAGCACCCACCGCACCACCACAACAGGGCGUCGAUCGCGUCGUGUCCCAACAUCGCGGUCAAGUGUGACAUCGUCGAGUACCUCUAAUUGGCAUGCGUUUCGUCUUUGCCAGUGCCAUCGCCGCCAAAACGGAUUUGAAGACUACGAUGACGUAGAAGACAAAUCAUAUAUUACGGGACCAAGAAACGACGACGUUCCAACUCCACGCACUCUCGAGGCCGUUUAAAUCGUAUUAUAAUUAAUAUUGUUGUUCUUUUUGUAUUGUACUUUUGUUUUGUGUUUUUGUAAAUUACAUUUUUAGAGAGAAAAAACAUAAAGUAAACGAGUACUAUCGAUGUAGAUAUGAGAAAAAAUGUUAUGUAGUUCCUUAGUUUCGUUAUUUACAUUAUGAUAUUGUUUUUGUCAAUUAAAUAAAUUAAAUUGUUUUCUCGUGUUA